CGGGCUUCGCCCAGGUUAGCUCAGCCCCACCUGCCUCUGCGCAGUCUGCUCGCCUGCCCUGCGGUUGGGGGCUGCUGCUCAGCCUGUGCGAGGUGCGGCUCUCCAGCAGCUGGGCCCUGGGGCUGCCAGCUUUCACCCCGCAGCUCCCGCCCCACCUGGCUCUGGCUCUGCCAGUUCUGGGGACUUUCCGUGUCACUGGGCAGUCCGGCACACGCUGAGUCCUGCUGUCCAGUGACCUGCCUUUGACCACCACAAGGGGUUGUGCUCGUUGCCCCAGGGGCCGCUGCAGGAACCAAUGAAUGCCACCUGCCUACCCCUCACACCCCUUGGGUCCUGGAUGUUAAUGACACUGAGUGGGUCUGAGUGUGGGUCCCCUCCUUCCAAGGGUGAGCUGGGGGAGGUCCAGGCCAGGUCAGCCCCGCUCAGGUCCUGAGUCUUUCUUCAGAUCCUGCUCCCCCAGGAUGGCAGCUGCACUUGGGCUUCCAGUGCCCCAGUGGGCGCAGCCUCGGGGCAGCGGCCACCUGUCGUUUCAGGAGGCAGUGCCACUGACUUUCCAGGAUGUGGCGGUGUACUUCUCUCAGGAGGAGGGUCAGCAGCUGGGCCCAGACCAGCGGGCGCUGUACAGGGAUGUGAUGCUGGAGAACUACGGGCACGUGGCCUCGCUGGGACUCCCUGUCCCUAAGCCAGAGCUGAUCUCCCAGCUGGAGCAAGGUGAAGAGCUGUGGGUCCUGGAUCUUAUGGGACCUGAGGACCUGGAGCCCUUGAGCAGCUGCAGCACAGAUUUUGAGAUUGGGAACGAGAAGAAACUACCCAUUCUAGACCAGAAAUGCUCUGAAGAAGUGAAAACCCCAGAACUGAUGUCAAGAAGAUUUUCAGGGUGUAAUCCACAGGCACCUGAGUUACAGGAAGCUUGGGACCAUGAGGGUAAAGUAGAAGGACACCUGGGGGAUUCUGAACAGAGUUUGAAGAAACUCCAUCUUCACAACAGUGUUUUUUGGAGUGAAACUGCCACAUUCAGGGAAAGGUCCCCAGGAGAAACAGUCCAGGAUUGUGGUGCAUUUGAUGGAAACUUGAAUACGAACCGAAGUGCUGUUAGACUCCCAAGAAAUAAAACAGGAGAGAAGGCCUUUACCUGCGAUACAUGCAGCAAAGCCUUCAGAUACAAUUCAGACCUACGGAGACAUCAGAGAAGUCACAGUGGGGAGAAACCUUAUAAAUGCAUUCAGUGUGGGAGAGGCUUUGCUCUCAGCUCAGGCCUUAUUCUGCACCAUCAAGUUCAUACUGGAAGCAAACCAUUUAAAUGUAAUGACUGUGGGAAGACUUUUCGUCUCAAUUCCCACCUGGUUCUCCAUCAGAGACUUCACACUGGAGAAAAACCUUUCAGAUGUGGUGAAUGUGGGAAGGCCUUCAGUCGAAGCUCAACUCUUAUUCAGCAUCGCGUCAUUCACACAGGAGAGAAACCAUACAAGUGUAAUGAAUGUGGGAAAGGCUUCAGCCAGAGCCCACAGUUAACACAGCAUCAGAGAAUCCACACUGGCGAGAGACCGUACGAAUGUGACCAGUGUGGGAAGGCCUUCAGCCGAAGUUCAAGCCUUAUUCAGCAUGAGAGGAUCCACACUGGAGAGAAGCCCCACGUGUGUGACCAGUGCGGGAAGGCCUUCAGCCAGAGCUCAAGCCUUUUUCUCCAUCACAGGGUACACACUGGAGAGAAGCCCUACGUUUGUAGUGAGUGCGGCAAAGCCUUCGGUUUUAACUCUCACCUCACUGAGCACGUGAGGAUCCACACAGGAGAGAAGCCCUAUACGUGUAAUGAGUGUGGUAAAGCCUUUAGCCGGAGUUCAACUCUUGUCCAGCAUCGAAGAGUUCACACUGGGGAAAAACCCUAUCAGUGCAUGGAAUGUGGGAAAGCCUUCAGUCAGAGCUCACAACUUGCCCUACACCGAAGAGUUCACACUGGAGAGAAACCCUACGAAUGUGGUGAUUGUGGGAAAGCCUUCAGCCGGAGGUCGACCCUCACUCAGCAUCAGAGGGUCCACGCUGGGAUCCCCCGUGCAUACAGAAAGUGUGGUCCAGCCUUUGUUCCUGGCUCUGGCCUCAGGUCACACAGACAGAUGCACUCCGGAGAGAAACACCCCGUGUGUGAUGGACAUAGCCGAGCCUACAGCCGUGGCACAAACCUUGUUCUUCAUUGGACAAUUCACAGACGUUUCAUGUUUUCAGAGUCGGUUGCCUUUUGAAGCUGGCAUCUCUUAUGUAAUGUACUGGAGACUCAUCAUGAUAUUGCGUGUGCCAAUGGUUCCCCCUUUUUUACUGCACAGUGGCAUCCAUUGUACGGAUGUGGCAGUUUGUUUAUCUGUUCCCCACUGAAGGAUAUUUCGGUUGCUCCAUCAGGGGCAAGUAUGAAUAAAGCUACAUUUAAGACAGGC